UUUUUUGAGGAAAAAGAAGUAUUGUCAAAUAUCAAUUCGACAUUGACGUUUUAGAUAUAUUGUGUGAUUUUGAUUGACAGAAAGGAAAAAUUAAAAUUAUGUUUUCUCUUAAUUAGUUAUUUAUUUAUUGUAACAAAAUAAAAUAAUUUUUAAAUAUGUCCAAUGGUGAAUACCGUCAUUUAUGGCGGAUCGUGUUUAGGAAUUUUAUUAAUUCUUUUAAACCAAGACCAAUAAAGGGAAAUAAUGUUGGUAAAGAUUACAUAGGAAAUAUAUAUUAUGAAAUACCAGCCAACCCCAGUCUUGGUAAACGAAAACCUUCUAGGUGGUAUGAUCCACCUAAGGGCCAGGAUUUUCAGGAUCCUAUUCCAGCUGAAUGGGAGGCAUGGCUGAGAAUGAGGAGGACUGAUCCUCCCUCAAAAGAAGAAAUAGAAAAGAAUUUAGCUAUAGCUCAAUUGAAGAAGAUAAAUGCGGCUAAAAUUGAAACAAAGAGGCUUGCUGAAGGAGGUUCUUUGCCAACAACACCUAUAAAAGGCCCUGAAUCAUUUCCAACAUAUUCAGAGUACCACACGGGAGACCCAGAAAACCACCCUAGACAUAAAUAGAUUAUGUGAUUUGUGUUAUGAUGUAAAUAAUAGUUGUUAUGAGUAGAUUUUAUUUUAUUAUAUUGGAAACUACUACUUUUA